AGCACAGAAGGAUUAGUAGAGUAGCAAGUAAUACAGCAACUGGUCUCCUCCAUAGCGACUGGUCUCCUCUCCUCUCAGCCUUAGACAAACUCCAUUUCUUCCGCAUUGUCAAUAUCACCAACUGUUACAGUUUUCUACAAUCUUAAUAACCAAAUUGGGAAAAAAAAAUGCACAGAUCAGUUCUUGCAGCACAAAGCAAUCAUCAUCCUCGUCAUCAGUAUUCUCAGCGGUGCCAAGAGACUCGUGUUUGUCUCCUUGCUCCUUUAUCAAUUUGCCUUUGUGUAGCAAUUAGCAUGAGGUAUGGUUAUUAUGGGGAUUGUGACAUGCUGCUUGGACCUAGCUCGUCGCGAUUAUUUGAGGCCAAUUCUGUGUUUGUGAAGCAAGUUCACGUCACAGAUACUGAUAGGAAAGGAGUCGUUCUUUACGGGUUUUCGCAGAAGCCUGAGCUGAGCCUGGAAGAGAGUUGGAGUGUGUCAAAUUAUAUGAUUGUUGGAUCCUUCAGUCAUAAGGGAUUCUCGCUGUGGUUGAAUAAAGGUUCAAGAAUUCAGCUUGGACUGGAAGCAGAGAAAACUAGUUUGAAUCAACUUGAUGUAUCAGUAAGUAAAGGGGUGCGGAAUUAUGAGACCCUUCUGCCACCAAAUUCUCUAGGUGCUGACCUCUUUAAUUAUGAUACAGCUGGUAAAGCAGCUGAAUAUGUCAUUGAAGACGAUGAUAGGUACUGCAUCGGCAUCACUAAUUUGAAUCCUAGAAGCAUCAUGGUGGUAAUGCAUGUGAAUGUUUCUUCCAAAAUGUACGACAGCACAAAAGCAAAGAGCAUGUGUUCAACUGGAAGCGGGACAUGCCAUCUCAAUCUUCUUUUCCCAAUUACCCAAUAUGUAGUAGUGACUACUCCAAACAAUGGAGAUCUUGGCCAAUGGCAUGUUGAGCUUUCAUUCGUUGCUCGUCUUCUUGCCUACAUUUGUAUUUUAGGUGUUAUUGUUAUUGUCUUCUUUCUGCUGUUCAAAUUACUGGGAGCAUGUAAUGAGGAGAACCAUGAACCAGAACAUCCUGUAACGAGAGUUGCAGCUGAGACUGAACCUUUGCUGCCUGAGAAAGUCUUCAGAUUGCCAUACGGAACUGAUGAAGAAGACAGGGAGUCAAGCAGGGGUAGCUCUUCAGAAGACCUAUAUGAUGGCAAGAUUUGUGUCAUCUGCUAUGACAUGCCACGAAACUGCUUCUUUGUUCCCUGCGGCCACUGUGCUACUUGCCAAGAUUGUGCUAAUAGGAUCAUGGAGGGGGAAACCAGGGUGUGUCCAAUAUGCCGACGGCUCAUCCAUAAAGUGAGGAAAGUUAUUAUCCCUUAGAACUUGCCUUUCGUUUGAAAUAUUUCAUGAAAUUUGCUGUUGUGAGCAACUAUUUUCGUUGGUUCACGUUGAAGCCAGUCUCCUUUUACCCCUUGAAAUGCCAAAUGAAAAGGGAUAUUUAUAGCACAACUAAUUAUUCUGGGCAUGCCCAAAUCCCAAUGAGUGUUGCGCUUGAAUUUCCAUAAAAUUGGAUCUUCCAACCA